AUGCAUCGCUUUGGCCCACUGCUUAUGCAGCAUUUGGAUCAACUCCUGGAGUUUGCCAAUUUCAGCAGCAGUGUUGAAGAAGAAUAUCUUCAGAUUGCCGAGUGUCUUGAGGAGAUGCGCCAGCGAUGCUGCCAGUUGGAUCAGGAUUUGCAGAAGGCAAGGCGGCAGUUGCUCCAAUCAGAAUACGAAUGUUCUGUGCUGGAGGUGAAGUUGAAACAUGCCCGGAACCAAGCAGAGGUGGAAAUGAAGAAAAGACGUUGGGCAGAAGCUGAGCUGGAAAAGCAGGAGUGCAAAUUGCAGCUUAUCUAUGACUACCUCAUGGCAGAUCCACAAAUCAGUCCUGUCACUGAAGAUCAACAUACAGACCUGGCCGUUGUUGAGAGGCUGCAUUUCAGCCGCAGUAGCCUACUGCCUAGAAAACAAGGAAUGUGUACAAUAGAAGAAACUGGUACCUCAAUUCUAUCUGAUGUCAGUUUUGACCACUCGGAUGAGGAAGUGGAUGUAAGGAUGAUCAGAUCUGUCAAAAGCAAAAACAGAAUGCGUUUCUCCCUAGCUCCCCUGGUUCAGCCAGCAGUAGCAGCCAAGUACUCACAAUGUUUUGGAGCAUUUACUAACAACGUGAAGGAAUUGCCCCUGGUGACCUUGAGAUCUAGAGCCAUUGGUGACAGAAGAAACCUUGCCCACAGUUCAUCAACCAGUGCUGUAGUGCCCCAUUGUCAAUCCCAGCUGAAUGGUUCAAUUUCCACACACUCAGAGCUCACUUCUGUCUGGAAUAGCACUGAUGAAUCUGGUAGACCAAAUAGCCAGGUUGGAAGUAAAACCAUUGGACCUACCUCCAGGGAAACUAUUGGUGCCUUCGUUCCUUCAUCAGGAAUGCCACCACUCCAACAACACCAAUUUGCUUCCAAAAGGGUGAUUCGUCUGGACUGGUGUGUCGCUUGCAAAUCCCGCUUGCGUUUUGGGAGGAUGGCACUUAAAUGUCAGUCAUGUCAGCUUCUAAUGCAUCCAGAGUGCAGAGAACAGUGUCCUUCACGGUGUGUGCCAGGUGCCUACUCCAGAGGGAAAGAGGGUACGCUAGCUGAUUUUGCGCCUUCCAAGCCACCGCUGGUGCCGCCCAUUGUGGUUCAGUGUGUGGUUCAAAUAGAGAAACGUGGCCUGCAAGAGGCUGGACUGUACAGAGUGCCAGGGGCAGAACCUCUCAUGCGUGAAUGGAAAUACAAACUGCUGUCUGCCCAAGGAGCUCUUCCUUCCCUCGACCUUGUGGCUGAUGUGCAUGUGAUCUGUGGCAUCCUCAAGGAUUUCCUGAGGAAUCUGAAAGAGCCUUUAAUUACCUUUUGCCUGCACACUGCCUUCCUGCAGGCAGCAGAAAUUCCGGAUGAAUCUGCCUGCCAUACUGAACUCUGCCGUGUUGUCAUGAAGUUGCCCACGACUAAUAGAGACACGCUAGCGUUUCUCAUGCUCCACCUGCAUAGGGUCAUGCAGAGCCCUGAUUGUCGAAUGGACUGCCAGAACUUGGCGCGUAUCUUUGGACCACUGCUAGUUGGACACAGCACUCCCAGCCCCAGCCCACUUCUCAUCAUGGAAGACACACCACGCCAGUGCCUGGUGGUCUCCCGUCUCCUAGCAUUGCCAUUCAAAUUUUGGAAGCAUUUUAUAGAAGAAGAGCAAGAAAACCUUGUCCCAUCAGUACAUCAGUCCAUUGUAAUGAAUGAGCAAGAGGCCAGCACUGUCCAGUUGAGUCCAGGAAAUGGCUGCUUUCCAAACAAGCUUCGUAACUGCAUGGGCACAACUUUGCCACUUUUGAACGUCCCCCGUGCCAAAAAGAUGGAGAAAUUCUUACCACUUCCAAAAUAAGGAGCUACUCAAUUUAUUCUGAUUGCUAAUGAAGGGUGUAUUCAUCAUUUGGUGGUUGCAGCGUUCUUGCCUUGCACCCUCCAGCAAGCCUCCUUUCAACUUCAAGUGGAGUUCCCAUAGUUCAGAAAUAUUUAAUAAUCCAUCAUGAUUUCUUAAUUGUGGAGGACUUCCUGAAGAACAUCGUGUUUAUCUUUUUUCCAUAACUAGGGAUUGACAAAAGAAUGGAGUGAAUCCUUGACUAUCAUACUACUGCUGUCACCAUUGUAGACCUGUGGGUGAACUGAAGAUGUUCAGUUCUGUUUUGGUCAAUUUACUUAUAGCAAUCAGCAGAUUCAAUAGGUGGAAUCCCUUUGGCGGACAGAAAUAUGAUCACUUUUGUACAUUUUGGUCCUAUUAUCUAUUAUAUGUAUAUAGCAGAAUUUGAUAAUAUUAUCUAGUGUUGGGAAUGUGGAUGAGGAAAGAGGAAAAAAAAUAGUAAUUCCUAUAACUGAAGGCAAGAAAUUUUCUGAAGACACAACUUUUUAAAGAAACAUCAGUUUUAUUGCAGAUUUGUACUAGCAACUAAUCUUCUUGGACAAAGGAAGCCUUUGACUCUUUAAAAUAAGCAGAUUUUCUUUUCAGGGGAUAUACUGUAGAAAAAUAAAAAUGCCAAUGCUCGUGCACAAU